UGUAUGAACGGUCGCAAACUGUUUGCAAGCCGGCUGCAUGUGCCGGCUCUUAUUUUCGGGUAAUGGCAGGACUGAUAGGAGACUCCCAAAUGCAAAUAAAACGAUGGAUCGGGAUUGCGGAAGGGGUCAGAUAGGCCGAGCGGUACCAAGAGAGCUAGGAACGAAGCAUCAAGAAUUUCCGACGGUGAUGUCUGGCAACCAAGAGGGCCAAGAUGGUAACAACGGGGAGCGCGGAGGGGAGGAGUUCGUCCGCGAUUGCCUCUCCAAGUGCCGUCUUCUUCGAGGUCUUCUGUUAAUUUAUCUGGUGUAUUUGGUCACCCUCAAAAUGUGCCGGAAAAUUCAAUGGAUAGGGGGGGAGCUUCCUCUCUAUUGUUUCAGCAAGGCUGCCCAGGAGUAUACUUCUCCCUCAGAUAAGAAAGAGCCUCAGUCAUUAUUCCUUGAUAGGCUUCUCAAGGAGUGGGAGGACCGCAGGCUUAGAGGACUGUUCCACCAUGAUAUCACUGCCUGUGAAACUAAGAUACUUCCAGGAGAAUAUGGGUUUAUGGUAGUACUGGUUGAAGGUCGUGACCUCAAGAAACGGCCAACUGAGUUCGGACUCGACAAGGUCCUCCAACCCUUUGAUGGAAGAAAGUUCAACUUUACAAAAAUAGGGCAAGAGGAGGUGCUCUUUAGAUUUGAAGAAAGUGAGAAUGAUGUGGUCCAGUAUGUCCAACAUGCUCCUGUUAUGCCAUCAGCCUCCCCAAAUGUGAUUGCCAUCAAUGUUAGCCCUAUAGCAUAUGGCCAUGUGCUUUUGAUCCCUCAUGUGCUAGACUGCAUGCCGCAGCGGAUUGAUCGAGAGAGCUUCUUGCUUGCCAUGCACAUGGCAAGGGAAGCCAAAAAUUCCUAUUUCAGAGUGGGUUAUAACAGUCUUGGUGCCUUUGCCACCAUUAAUCACCUCCACUUCCAGGCUUACUACUUGACAGAACCAUUCCCUGUGGAAAAGGCUCCCUUUCAGAGGAUUGCAACUUUAGGGAGUGGGGUGAAGAUUUCUCAACUGUUACAUUAUCCUGUAAGAGGUCUUGUUUUAGAAGGUGGGAGUAGCUUGCAGGAUCUAUCAACUGUUGUCUCCAGUGCCUGCAUUUUCCUUCAAGAUAACAACUGCCCCUACAAUGCCCUUAUAUCUGAUUCUGGCAAGAAGAUUUUUCUCUUACCACAGUGGUAUGCUGAGAAAAAGGCCAAAGGUGAAGUUAGCCAAGAGAUCCUUGAAAAGCAAGUGAAUCCAGCAAUAUGGGAGCUCAGUGGACAUUUUGCAUUGAAGCGGAGACAGGACUAUGAGGAAGCAUCAGAAGGGAAUUUAUAUAGUUUCUUGGAAAUGGUGUCUCUAUCCGAGGAGCGGUUCGAAGAGAUGAAGGGAGAUAUCUUGGAAUUCCUUGCCAGUGGAAGCUGCUGAGGAUCAUGUGAAGGGCAGAUAGGGAUACUUCCUACAAAAACAAGAUCUCCUUGAUUGCUAGCAGUAAUGAUGUUCGUGUAUCAAGCUUCGACAAGUUGGUGGAUAUAUGCUUUAUGUCUUGCUAUUUAUUGUUCAACUGUGGUUACUUUGUGUUUCAGUUGUGAUGAUCUUCAGUUAGCAUCAAAUGUGUCCUUAAAAGUAUAGCUCUGUUAAUGUUGCAAUGGCCUUUAGCCACUUUGCUGGGUAUUAUGAUGACGAUAUUCCCAGAUUCUUGAAACAUUCCGGAAUUGUUCA